AUGUUGCUCUGGCAGCUACUCCCCCUCCUCGCCCUGGCCGUUGGGGCCCAAAAUGCCACCAAGAAAGUGGAUGCCACGCUGAAAAGCGCCACGAAGCCGGUGACCCUCAAAAAACGAGCGAACACGAUAGUGGGAGGGGAGAGCUUGUCCUACAACUCCGCUGACUUUGCUAAGGACGCAAAGCCAAAAAAUGAGGAGAAAACAACGAACGAUGCUAAGCCCACAGAACCACCGAGUUUCCUGCCAUUUCCAAUCUCGCAAGGGCCUUGGAGCUCCCCGGCGCCGCGAAACCACCCUGAAUAUCCCAGGCCUGAUACGUCGUACCCUCAACCGGAACAACCGGACUACCCCCAACCUAGGGGCCCGACUUAUCCACGACCGGGGCCACGUGAAUACCCUCAGCCUGGGCCCUACCCGAGACCGCAACCCCACCCGGAAUACCUUCCGCAGCAGCAGUACGUCAUCGCCAGACCGCCGCUGCCGAAUCCGUAUCCGCAAGUCGAAUUGCGCCCAGUCCGCCCUCAAGUCAUCGUUCCCCAAUAUCCGCAGGCUCCGAUGAACAUUCCAUCGUUUCCGCAACCUCAGCCCCAGCCUCAAUCUCAGCCCCAACAAUAUACCUAUGCUAAGGGGUAUCGACGCGUGACGUGCCGCUGCUGUUGCCGUGAGGAGAACGUCAGCCCGCGCCAGCCUAGCGGUGGAUGCGCCGGAAUCCCGAGCGGCGGACCAGGUUACCCGAUCGGACCGGUAAAUCCAGGUCAUCAUGGCUGCGACACUCCCGCCUACCCCCGCCCCGGUCAGACCUACCCCGCCCCGGGUCCUGCCCCGGCUCCAGCCAUCCCGGCCGCUAGCUACCCCGCUCCGGGUCCCAGGCCGGCCUACCCUGGCCCGGCCCCCGGUCCGGUCGUUCCGGGGCCCGGCUCGGCGUACCCGAGCCAAGCCGGACAAGCUUACCCCUGGAACGGAGGCAUCAACCCCCGCGACUACGACCUGAGCAUCGAGGUGCCGCACCCGAAACUCCCCCGCCGAAAGCCGGACGGGUACGCCGAAGAGGUGGUGGUACCAGUUAGCCCCGCGACAGUGGCCCCGAAAGAAAAGCCGAACUCCUCUGCAUCGACGUUCUUCCUGUCCGCGAUGGCGCUCACCAUCGCCGGCUGCCUGUUCGGA